GUCGCGUGCCCGGCCGGCAAACCGCGACCGAUCGAACAACCCGAACCGCCUGCCACCGCAGCAGAGGCAAAUCCGAGCACGCCGGCGGCGGCGGCAUCACGGCGCGGGGCCGGCUUCACCGCACGCGCGCGGCUCUCGUGCCGUGCGCGCCUCGACCUCCCCCCGCUUUCCCCAGGCGCCGGGAGGCGGAUCGUGGUGGGAUUCGCGUGCCGGUCAAAAGGCCGGGGAUUUGAGGAAGGAAAUGGCGGUGCGGGCGGGGUGGGUGGUGGCGGUGGCGCGGGGGUCGGCGGCGGCGUGGCAGCGCGUGGCGUGCAACCCGGAGACGCUCCCGCCCGACCGCGUCCUCGCGCUCAUCUUCUGCGGGCCGCUCCACCUCCUCGCGCGCCUCGCCGCCUGCCUCUGCGUCCCCCUGCUCGCCGCCAGCGCCCCCUUCCGCUUCGCCUCCCCUCGCCGCCGCCGCCGGCUGCUCCUGCUCCCGGCCCCCGAGCUGCUGCUAGCCCCGUACUCCCCCUCCCCUUCCUCCUCCUCCUCCUCCUCCUCCUCCUCUUCAUCGUCCGACGAGGAUGACGACGACGGCGACCACGGCGGCACUGAGGACGGGGACGGCAUCAGCCCUCACGUCGAUUGAGGUUGCUUAGGAAUAGGCUCUGCAAGAGAGAACUUUGGUCUUCAGUUUCAAAGACACUACGCUUUCCUGCGAUACCUCACGCAAAACCAUCAGGCCUUCUUGUCUCUUAAAUUUCAGGACCUAACAAUUUGUGGAUCGUCAUUGUUAAUAAGCUUAUGGGCUGGGAGCCACGAAACAGACAUCCGAGAGAUGAAAACUGGUUGACAUUGUCGGUGUGUAUAUUAUUGCAUUGUAUGUAUAAGUGGAUCUCAUCACCAAGUAGUGGUGAUGAAAUGUCGCCUGUGUGGCUGUGUACUCGAAAGUCGAAAUGCAGUUCCAGAUUUCAUUUGAAA